GGUCGCUGUUAAGACUCGUAGUUAUAAGAACAUCAGCAUUAGCCGCGCUCAAUCGUUGACUGACCGACUUAAACUCCCUGUCAUCUCGUAUUUCAAGGUGGUCCCCCCUGAAAAAUUUAUAUCAUCAGCACAUUUCACCACUCUGGGUUCUGGCCGCUAUUUAUUUGUCGUGAAAGUCCUUUUAUUUGUCUGGUUCCGUGUGUUGGGUAGGAGCCGUUUAGUGGCCACUCAGUCGUCGGUUGUUUUUGUUUGUUCGUUCGUUGUUUUUUCGCGGACACUUCUGUGGCUCUGCUGAAGGCUCUCCUGCAGUCCUGUUAAAGUGGUCUGAAUCAGCAGAUCUCCAGACUCUCUGAAGCUCCAGCUACUCCUCAUCGCCGUCGGACUCUGAGCAGGAGCAGCGGCCUCCCUCCUCCACCCGGACGGGACUCAUGUCCAGACGCAGCCUGCGGCUCGACGAAGGCCUGCUGGACCGCUGUCUGCCUCGCAGCAGCGCCUCCCUCGGCGUGGGAGGAGCGGGCUGGAGGACCAGCAGGCCCCGCCAUUCCCAGCGCCACUCGGCCUCCUGCUCGGAGUCGCUCCUCGCCAGCUCUCCUCGGAAAGCAGUCGACCAGUUGCUCCACAACAGCAGCCUCCACAGCGUGGCCUCGGACGCCACCCUCAUCUCCUCCUUGCUGGACGAGUCGUCCAUCCAGGAGAGCACGCUGGUCGAAACCUUCUGGGGUUUAGACCAUGAUGCAGAUCCUAAAGAAAGCACCGUUUUAACCCACGAGAGCAGCACUCUGAUUGGUUCAGACAGCCACUGUGCCAAGCACACAGUCCAGAUCCCCAACAGGGUUUGCUGCAAAGACUGCAGUUGUCCGAGCGCUCCAGAGGCCGACACGGAAAGCUCCACCGUCUACUGCAGGGAGCGCAGGCGCCGGGUCAGGACAGAUGUGCUGCCGCCGUGGCUGACCUCCUCUCUGCUGUCAGUCAGGAGAGCGGCAGCCCGCUGCGUGUCUGCGCUGCAGCUCACCCUGCAGCAGCUCCGGCCCUCACGCUCACACCCCAGCAGGCGUGGAGCUCCAUCCGGCGACUGUGGCGUCAUGGCUCUGAAGGAAUCCAACCCGAAGGAGCCUCAACCCGUCGGAUCGCUGUGUGACGACUGUAAGGAGAAGCAGCGCUCCCAGCUGGACCUCUCCUCGUCUUCAUCCUCCUCCUCCUCCUGGUCGUCCUGUCUGUUGGGGUUCAUGUGCAGCGCCGCAGUUUUCACAGCUGCAGCUCUCUGGCUUCUUACCCAGACGGUUUAUUCUGCUUCUCUGAGAGGCGGACGCUCUGCAGGUGACUCGGCAGGAGGCGUGUUCAGAUGGAUGGGCAGACGAUGGAGUCGCAUGAGCUCCGGCUCUCACCCAAGCAGGCUCUUCAUCGUGCUCCUGCCUCUCCUCCUCCUCCUCUUCAGUUUGUUCUGGUUCCGUCCAGCUAGUCUCCAUUUGCUCUUUCCGGGCUUCAACGCGACAGACGUUCCAGGUCUGUCCUCCGUCCAGAGCGUCCUGUCCUCUCAGAGUCAGUCAGCAGAGGACGCGGAGGAGUUCGUCCAGAGUCGGCCUCCGUCGGCCCAGGCGCCGCCUCAAGAGGUUCCACCGGCAGCUCGGCCGCCGGCGGCGCCGUUGGAUUCCGAGCGGCUGGUUCAGAUGGAGCAGAGUCUGAGGGCGCUGUGGGAGGAGAUGGCGGCGGCGGGGCGGCGGGCGGAGCAGAGUCACGGGGAGCUGCUCCAGCUCUACACCGACCUCCGUCAGCAGGCGUCCGGCUCCGACGCGGAGCUGAGGGUGAGCGGGCUGCUGGAGCAGCAGCUGUCUCUGCUGCGCAGACGACUCAACGAGGAGAGGCGGCAGCGGGAGCAGAUGCGGCAGCAGGAUUUGUUGGCGCUGAAGACCCAGAUGUCCCGUCUGGAUCAGCUGGAGCUGCAGCUGCAGCAGGUCGCGGCCAGCAGUCGGGAGCUGCACUGGACAUCUGAAGCUGACACGGCGCCCCCUGCUGCUCUCCCAGAUACUGCCAGUGCCGGCGUGGACAAACACUCCCAGGAUGCUUUGCAGACAGACGUGUCCCGGCUGGAGGCAGCCCUGGUGGACGUCAGACGGGACGUAGCCGGUCUGUCAGGGUGUCAGGACAGCUGCCAACAACUUGACAGCAUCCAACAGAUGAUCUCAGAGCAGCUCUCUGUUCUGAUCCGAGAAGAGGUUCGGGCCCUGGUCUACGGAAACCAGCUGACCCAGGAGACGGACUACGCCCUCCCAGAGUCCCUCCUGCACUGGCUGUCGCAGCAGUUUGUCAGCGAGGCCGACCUGCAGGAGGCGCUGUCCUCGCUGGAGUUCAGCAUCUUGCAGAACAUCGGCCGUCGGCUGAAGCAGCAGCAGCAGCACGGAGAGGAAGGUGUCAGAGAGGCCCAUCUGGACACGGAUGGCAACGGCGUCACCAAGGAGGAAGUCCAUGUGAUGGUGAAGGAGGCUCUGCGGCUGUUUUCUCACGACCGAACUGGCCAGGCGGACUACGCUCUGGAGUCUGGAGGGGGCAGCAUCAUCAGCACUCGCUGCUCGGAGACCUACGAGACGAAGGCCGCCCUGCUGAGCCUGUUCGGGGUUCCUCUCUGGUACUUCUCCCAGUCUCCUCGAGCGGUUAUUCAGCCUGACGUCCAUCCCGGGAACUGCUGGGCCUUCAGAGGCUCCACAGGCUUCCUCGUCAUCCAGCUCUCCAUGAUGAUCCUUCCCACCGCCGUCACCAUGGAGCACAUCCCUAAAACCCUGGCCCCCGGCAGGACGCUGCACAGCGCUCCGAGAGACUUCAGCGUCUACGGCCUGAGGGACGAGCAUGAGGAGAGCGGGAAGCUGCUGGGGAACUACACGUACGAUGAAGACGGAGAAGAUCUGCAGACGUUCCCCAUCUCAGACGAGAACAACGAAGCCUUCCAGAUCAUCGAGGUGCAGGUUCUGUCUAACUGGGGCCACCCAGAGUACACGUGCAUGUACCGCUUCAGAGUACACGGGACGCCCAGUGACGUCUGAGCCGACAUGGCUGCUGCACAGAGGCUGUUAUUUAUGUUUCCUGUGGGAAUAAUCUGUUCAUAGUUUUAUAUCCAGCUUCUGGUUCCAGAUUGUUGCCGCUGGUUUUCUUUUUAUGCGUUUAUCAGGUGUGAUGCGUCAUCCAGCUGUUGGAAAAUGACCCUUCGCUGCAGGUUUGACGUGUCGGCGUAAGAAGUCUACUGAGAGGACAAAGAUCGGGUCGUGUCAGGAAAACCUUGUCUCUGCGUCCCUGUCACGGCGCAGAUAAAGGUGCCAAACGUGGAAACGGACCGACGGGUCGGUCUGAUGAGGAAAGUCUCAGUUUAAAACCACCUUAACGCAGAAGUUGAACACACGCCCCCUCGCUUCAGCUGAUUUAUACGAUAUGAAACAGAUUUUUAACAUUUGAGAAUCUGGGAAAACUUAAAGCUGUGAGACCUAAACGAGAGA